UUUCCAGGCGAGGCGGAGUACAUAUCGAACAAGCCUACUUUCUCGUUUUAGUACGCAACUACGGAAGCCUUGGGGUUGAUACACCCAGCUAGCGAGCUAGCCUCCUUAAAAUGUCCAGCUUGGGAAGGGUCGCCGCCGUCUUGAGGAAUGUUUUGAGGAAUCCUCGGUCACUGAAAAGUUUGGCAUUGAGCCGUGCUGUUGGACCCGGUAUUUUGGGUUGUGUCAUUGGAACUGGGGUUAUCUGUUACCAGCAUCAUGCUAACAACAGGUCUCUUCCCUUUGCCGUUCAUGCCGAAGAACCUAAAGAAGCUGCAGCUCCCCAGCUGUCCGCCAGAAAGAUUCGUUUCAACCAGUUUGCCUCAGUGGUCUACGAGCAGGAGCCCUACAUGACCCCGAGAGACUUCCUGUUCUCUGUGAUGCUGGAGAAUGUUGACCGAAAGCUGCAGAAGAGAAUUUUAACAACCCAAGAAGUUAACAAAAUGUUGGUGGCUGCCUCGAAAGCUAAGCCUGGAAAUGAACUCUUCAGAAGCAUUGGGGACAAUGGUUUGAUAUCCUACACAGAGUAUCUGUUCCUGCUGACUAUCCUGACCAAGCCGCGUACAGGAUUUCAUAUAGCUUUCAAAAUGCUUGAUGUUGACGGAAAUGAGCAUGUGGACCAAAGGGAAUUUUUGAAGCUGAAGAAAAUCAUUGGAAAAAGUAAAACCAGAGUUCCCAUAGACAGCACAGAGAAACCAGCGGAAGAAGGGGAAAGUGUGAACACAACUCUGCAGGCCUACUUCUUUGGGAAAAGAGGAGAAAACAAGUUGCAGUAUCAGGAGUUCCGCAGGUUCAUGGAGGACCUGCAGGCUGAAGUCCAGGAGAUGGAGUUCCUGCAGUUCUCCAGAGGUAUGGACACCAUGCGAAGAGAAGACUUUGCAGAGUGGCUCUUACACUACACCAACGAAGAAGACAAUGAAAUCUACUGGGAGAACAUGAGAAAGAGGAUCCCUGCUGGCCAGAGUAUCACAUUUGAUGAGUUCAAAGCCUUCUGUCUCUUCACCAACAAUCUGGAGGACUUUGCCUUUUCAAUGAAACUGGUCACUGAAGCCAACCGUCCUGUUGGAAUGGCCCAGUUCAAACGAGCUGUGAGGAUCGCCACAGGCCAUAAUCUGUCUGAAAAUGUGCUUGAUACUGUAUUUAAACUCUUUGAUAUGGACGGAGACAACUGCCUGAGCCAUAAGGAAUUCAUGGGUGUGAUGAAAGACAGAGUACUGCGUGGUCUUAAGGUGCAGCAUCAGAACGGCUUCUCAGGGUACUGGAAGUGUGUGAAGCGAGAGACCCUGAAGGGAGCCAAGGAGGCCCUGCGGGACACCGGGUGCCCCAUCUGAACCACUGAUGUUCCAGGGCAUGUCUGACAGACCAUCACUAAUACCACUGCUCACUUUGGUGUUGUAUCAUGAAAUAACUGGUGUGAACAAGAUUAGAAAUGUAACCACAUGUUAAGAAAAAAGGAUUUACACCACUAUCAUGUAUAAAUGAUAUGUUUACAGAUUGACAAUCUAUUGUCUGCCAUCAGCUUAAGAACUGUGGUCUGGGUGUGGUGAUAAUUAUUACAUUAUCUUUUUAUUGUUUGGUGCAGUUUUCUGGCCUUUAUGCUUGAUCAAGUCAUUGAUUUUAUAUUUGAAACAGCCAAUCACUUUUACUUUUGCACUCUACACACAAUCUACAAGCAGUGUGUUUAAAAAACUGGUUGAUUGUGGUUUGAGGGACAGAUGCUGAUUGAGUAUUGAUGUAUUUUCAAGGGCUUAUACACUGCUGUGGGAUUUUCAAUUUCUGUUCAAAUUUAUCACAUAAAGUUUUCCAAGAAAA